UGUCUCUUCUGAACGCUUUCUCUCUUUACUCUUUUCUUCAAACACCAACCACCCUUAACGUUUUUGAUUCGGGGGUAACAAUAAUAAUAGACGACACCAACAACAACAUCAGAAACAAGAACAACAAAAGAUGGUGGUGAAGAUGAUGAAGUGGAGGCCGUGGCCGCCUCUGGUUUCGAGGAAGUACGAGGUUAAACUUGUUGUGAGGAGUCUGCAGGGCUGCGAUCUGGUGCGGGAGGGUGCAGAUAAAGGUUCUCCCUUAUUGGCUGUUGAGAUUAGGUGGAAGGGUCCCAAACUCACCCUCUCGCUGCGCCGUAACGCCGUCGCCAGAAACUUCACAAGGGAGGUCCAGGCUGACCAAAACGGCGUCGUUUUGUGGGAUGAAGAGUUUCAGAGCUUCUGCAAUCUCUCUGCUUACAAGGACAAUGUGUUUCACCCCUGGGAGAUCGCUUUCACUGUCUUCAAUGGGUUGAAUCAAAGGCCAAAGACCAAGGUUCCUGUGGUAGGAACUGCAUCCUUGAAUCUAGCUGAAUUUGCAUCUGCAGUUGAUCAAAAGGACUUUGAUUUAAACAUUCCACUCACUCUCCAUGGCGGUUCCGUUGAGCCUUCUCCUUCACUCAGUAUAUCAAUUAGCUUAGUUGAGCUAAGAGCAACUCAAGAGAGUACAGAGUUAGUUCACAAAUCAAUAGUGCCUGUCUCAUCACCUCCACCCCAGUCAGGAGAAAAUUCCUUGGCAGAAAAAGAUGAGCUUUCCACCAUCAAAGCUGGUCUUAGGAAAGUAAAGAUUUUGACUGAGUUUGUAUCAUCUAGGAAAGCAAAGAAAGCAUGCCGCGAUGAAGAGGGUAGUGAAGGCAAUCUCUCUGCCAAGAGUGAGGAUGGUGAGUACAAUUACCCUCUUGACUCAGACUCGCUUGAUGAUUUUGAGGAGGAAGGAGAAUCUGAUGAGGUGAAGGAGAAUUCCAGUGUAAGGAAGUCAUUCAGUUAUGGGAAACUGGCCUAUGCAAAUGCUGGGGGAUCAUUUUAUUCUGGCGUGAGGGUAAAUAGUGAUGAUGAAGACUGGGUUUACUAUAGCAAUCACAAAUCAGAUGUUGGGAGUUUGCAGAUGGAGGAUUCAACUGUGUCAGCCUCUGAGCCUUAUUUAUUGCAAAGUUCAAGGCGCAGCAUAUUGCCUUGGAGGAAGAGGAAGUUGAGUUUCAGAUCUCCUAAAUCUAAGGGAGAGCCAUUGUUAAAGAAGGCUUAUGGAGAAGAAGGUGGUGAUGACAUUGAUUUUGAUCGGCGGCAGCUUAGCUCUGAUGAAUCCAUUUCACUUGGGACACACAAGACCGAGGAUGAUUCAUGUGCAAAUCGAUCCUCAGUAUCUGAAUUUGGAGAUGACAAUUUUGCCAUAGGGAGUUGGGAGCAGAAAGAGGUACUGAGUCGUGAUGGCCACAUGAAACUUCAAACACAGGUCUUCUUUGCCUCAAUUGAUCAGCGCAGUGAACGCGCAGCAGGUGAGAGUGCAUGUACAGCUCUUGUUGCUGUAAUUGCAGACUGGUUCCAAAACAAUCAGGAUCUUAUGCCCAUAAAGUCCCAGUUUGAUAGUCUAAUUCGGGAAGGCUCAUUAGAAUGGAGGAGCUUAUGUGAACACCAGACAUAUAGGGAGCGAUUCCCUGACAAGCAUUUUGAUCUUGAAACAGUCAUUCAAGCCAAAAUACGCCCCCUUUCUGUUGUUUCUCAGAAGUCCUUCAUUGGUUUUUUUCAUCCUGAAGGAAUGGAUAUGGAUGAGGGGAGAUUUGAUUUUCUGCAUGGAGCCAUGUCUUUUGAUAACAUUUGGGAUGAGAUUAGUCAUAUUGGACAGGAGUGCACUAAUAAUGGUGAACCCCAGGUUUAUAUUAUUAGUUGGAAUGACCAUUUCUUCAUCCUCAAAGUUGAAGCUGAUUCUUACUGCAUCAUUGACACUUUGGGGGAGAGGCUUUAUGAAGGAUGCAAUCAGGCAUAUAUCUUGAAAUUCGACAGCAGCACGGUGAUAUACAAGAUGCAAGAUGUUAAUCAACCAUCAGACGAAAAAACAACCAGUGACCUGCAAACUGUUGCAGAAGUAUUAGACCAGAAUGAGAGGCAGAUCCAGCAAAUCAAUGGUAAGGAGGUGGAUUCUGUUGUUGUGGAGACAGAAAAACAGUUGAAGAAUGAUCAGGAAGUGGAGGUUGUGUGCAGAGGGAAGGAAGCUUGCAAAGAGUAUAUUAAGAGCUUCUUGGCAGCAAUCCCUAUUAGAGAAUUGCAAGCAGAUGUGAAGAAAGGUAUAUCAUCGACUCCACUUCAUCAUAGACUACAAAUUGAGUUUCACUACACACAGUUGUUACAGUCCUAUGUUGUAGCUCCAUUGGCUGAAGCAUCCUUGACUGGACCAGAUACUCUUGCUCUUGCAGUAACUGAGAUUUCCACAUAAUCCUUGUGUAAAUUAAGGAAAGUUCUGUUACUCUAACUAGUCUUUGCUACUUAAGGGUGAUUUCUGAUUUCAAGUGAAAUUAACAAAAGGAGGCUAAUUUAAGCUUUUGAUGCCUACAUGAGUGAGCUGAGCUUGUGUCUUUGUAUUUUGGCUUGCCUUGUGUUGCCAAAUCUUUCUAGGGAAGGGUAGCUUGUAAAUGACUCUGUAAUUUCCUUUUCAUGCAAGCUCAAACUUUUGGCACUUAACAUGUAAUUCGCUAAAGACUUGUGAAUUGGCUUUAUAACUUUU